ACGGUGCCGAUUGGGGAUCCAGGACACCAAUUUCCCUUGUUGCGAUCCGUACGAAUGAGCAAUCCAGGCAAUCCACGUGCUGCUGCCAAUGUAAUAUUGGCCGAUGUCGCCAUUACGUGAGAUGCUCACUAAUCAGUGUUGUCUAUUGCUUUCUUUUUCAGUUUUUGUCUUGCCUCAAAAGUACCAAGGGGGAUUGUCGAUCCACUUAUCAAAAUUGACGGUUGCUGCAUUGCAUUCAUUCCUUCAUUGCAAAAAAGAAAAAAGAAAGUGACCAUGAGAGCUUUCCCGGUCGUUUUGCUCGCCUUGAACUGGUUGGGCAUUAUUGGAUCGACCAGCCAUGCCACCAAUGCUGUCAAUAUCCCAGAUGCCUACCUACGUCGCCAAAUCCAUGGUCGAGCGGUACCAUCAUCCAUAAACAAGGAAUUCAAAAACAAGCAUAUCAGCCGAGACAAACGUCGUGAGCUAGAACGCGACGAAAAACGCCAGAGAUUGCACGAGCUCCGUGAAUUGAAGAAACAGGAUGCUGAACGCCGCCAAAAAGACCGCCUCGAAAGACGCAAUCUGUUGGAACAGCAAAAUGCCGAUCUGCUGCACAUCCCUCCCAAAUCGCUCUACGGCCCCCCGGCUCCCAAACACUCCGUCCGUGGCUUGCAAACAGCCACAUCCAACCACAUGCAAUCGGCGGAAACUUGGUUGGCAUCCUACCCCAAUAGUACCACACUCUCGAACAAUGUUCGACAGCAAUUGCUAGCCAUGGCAGCAUUCCACUACGCCACGGGAGGUAAAAACUGGUUCCUUCGAAAAAACUGGUUGAAUGAAACCGUCCAUGAGUGCCAGUGGUACAACCAAGCUGAAGAGGACUCCUGUCUUGGCAAAACCAUUGUAGAAUUGGAGCUACAAGGGAACAACUUGGGAGGAAUCCUAAUGAGUGAAAUUUCCAUGUUGGAGAGCUUGCAAAAGCUGGAUAUUGAAGACAACUUUAUCCGGGGAACCAUCCCUACUGAAAUUGCCCAACUGUACACAUUGAAUGACAUCAAUGUGGAAGAGAACCUAAUGGUGGGCCCCAUCCCUUCUGAGAUGGGAUCAAUGCUGACUCUGGAAGAAAUUUUGAUCAAGGAGAAUGCCUUCACUGGAACUAUUCCAACCCAGCUCGGCCAACUGGUCAAUCUAGAGGAGUUUGAUGUGUCUGAAAACCAGCUUUGGGGCACCCUGCCGCCUCAUAUGGGCAACCUGACCUUCUUGGAAGUCUUUGAUGUUUACUUCAACUUUGAGUUGAAUGGGACUGUCCCAACAUCAAUCUGGCUUCUUCCCAAUCUGGAAGAGUUCAAUCUCGAGUUCAACUACUUUCGAGACACCAUUCCGACCCAGAUUGGAUUUUCCACCAGUCUGGCAUACAUCUACAUCCAAGACAACUACUUUUAUGGGCCCAUUCCCUCAGAGAUUGGAAAUGUCAGGACACUCAUUGAUAUUGAGUUUGAAGAUAAUGAACUACUAGGAACAAUUCCUACUGAGCUGUUGCUGUUGACCAACUUGAAGACUCUCAAGCUGGAUGACAAUUUGCUCACCGGAUCAGUUCCCUUGGGUCUUUGGACUUUGAAUCUCACUUUUAUGGAACUGGCAGAAAAUCAGCUCACAGGAAGCCUUCCACUCCAAAUGGGACUUUCAACAGCAAUGACAGUUCUGGGAUUGAGUGAAAAUCAAUUCACUGGAACCAUUCCAGAGGUCGUUGGGCUCAUGUCUAGUUUGGAGUCCUUGGAUCUCCGAAUGAAUCCUAUGAGGGGAUCUCUACCUGGAGCCUUUGGGGAACUGACAGCUUUGCAAGAACUGUAUCUGUCUAACGUAGCUUUCACAGGGAGCAUUCCACUGGAAUUUGCCUCUCUCAGCAGCUUGGAGGUGCUGCACUUGGAAAACACAAGACUGACAGGGCUCAUCCCAGCGCCGCUCUGUAACAUCGCAGACCUUGCUUUUACUUGUGGCAUUCCUGGCGGCUUGUGUGGAUGCGGUUGCGUAUGCGUUGCGCCAACAGAAGCUCCCACCACACCCGUGACACUUCCUCCCGUUCCUGCAACACUACCGCCUGCCACUGCCGCGCCUUCGGCUGAUGGAACUGCAGCAGGGACUCUGGGAGGAACCCUGAACGGAACGAUUGAUGGAACCAUGAACAGUACCUGGGCGGCCUCGACCUCGGCCUCACCGGAACUGACCGGGCUGGAGCCACCAGGAGGAGAAGUUGCCGUGCAAGCAGCAGAAAACUUCGACGAAAACUUUUUUGGCAAGUGAACAGCCACGGGGAGAGUGCAGCAGCAAUUUGUAUUUCCUGGGUUUUUGGUGUGACCGGUAAUUCACACGAACAUACUUUUCAUAACAGUCUUUUCUCGUGCUUGUCAAUAAAAAUAUGUAUGGUUAACUAUCAAUGCCUCGGCACUUUACUUC